AGGCGCGCGCGGGCCUGGGAACAGCCGCGGAGCGUCCACAGGUUCGAAUCCUCUCCUGUUCACACGCCGGGAGACGCCGGAGAGGAGUGGAUCCGGAGCUUCCAGUGUGGGCGGUGCGGCUGUUUGCAACGACUUCUCUCCUUUUCCCAAGGCGAGGGACCGCAGGCUUGUUGAAUCCUUGUGCUCCCCUCUCCCCUUUCUAUCUUACACAUUUUCGAAUGGGAUUUCCUCCCCCUCUUCCUUUUUUGUAAUUGCAUGGAAAACGGAAGGAGACGCCCGAGAGAGAGAGAAAAUUGGAAUUUUGCAGGCAGUUUGGGUGGCUGGAGAGAAAGGGCCGGGAACGAACAAAAGCCGCCGAAGCAGGGAAGGAAAAGAAGCUGCUACGUCCGCCUUUGUCAUACGCAAGCCGGAGAGCAGCAGGAUCGGGGCCGCUGCUGACUGGAUGCAAUGCUCGCUUCCGGAAUCCCUGCAUCGCAGCCGUUGUAGAUGUUGAAAGCUGGGGCUCUCCCCACGGAGUGGGACGGGGCGGGGAGUCUGACCCCAGCUGCUGAGUGCUUUGAAGGCUCCAUGAUGCCCAGCCACUUGCAAGACUAAGUGGAUGGUGGGGGAAGGCACUGGACCAUCAACCGUGACUGCGCCUUGGUGUGCCACCAAGUUGGUGCCCCCUUUUUUUCUUCUAAGACGAGCCCAGCUAGCCAAUCAAAAUAGAGUCCCUCAAGGUGAAAGUUGACUUUCUGAAGGUGCCCCUUGGCCUGAAGAAGCCCACUCUGAAAGAGGCAGCGGCUGCCUUGGCGGCUGUCCCGGGGCCUGGAAGACCCAAGUCCAUCAACGUGGACCGCUACAAGGCGCGGCGCUCUGACAACAUGGACAACGAGUCUCAGUACUCCGGGUACUCCUACAAGUCCGGGCAUUCCCGCAGCUCCCGGAAGCACAGAGAUCGACGGGAGCGGCACCGUUCCAAGAGUCGAGAUGGGAGUCGAGGGGACAAGUCGGUGACCAUCCAGGCCCCUGGGGAGCCCCUGCUGGACAACGAGUCAACUCGAGGCGACGAAAGGGACGACAACUGGGGAGAGACCACCACGGUGGUGACGGGCACGUCUGAGCACAGCAUCUCCCACGAUGACAUCACGCGCAUCACCAAGGACAUGGAGGACAGCGCCCACCUGGACUGCUCCCGCCACCUGGGCGUCUCGCUGGGCGGGGCCCUGGCCCUCCUCUCCUUCCUCACGCCCUUGGCCUUCAUGCUGCUGCCCCAGCUGCUGUGGGGGGAGCGGCUGGAGCCGUGCGGGACGCCUUGCGAGGGGCUCUUCAUCUCGGUGGCCUUCAAGCUCCUCAUCCUCCUGCUGGGCAGCUGGGCCCUCUUCUUCCGCCGCCCCAAGGCCUUCUUCCCGCGGAUCUUCGUCUUCCGCGCUCUCCUCAUGGUGCUCGUCUUCCUCCUGGUCGUCUCCUACUGGCUCUUCUACGGCGUCCGGAUCUUGGACUCUCAUGACACCAACUACCAGGGCAUUGUCCAGUACGCCGUCUCCCUGGUGGAUGCCCUUCUCUUCGUCCACUACCUGGCCGUGGUUCUUCUCGAGCUGCGGCAGCUCCAGCCCCACUUCACCCUCAAGGUUGUCCGCUCCACCGACGGGGCGAGCCGGUUUUAUAACGUCGGCCACCUCAGCAUCCAGCGAGUUGCAGUGUGGAUCCUGGAGAACUACUACCACGAUUUCCCAGUCUACAACCCGGCCCUCCUCAACCUCCCAAAGUCCGUUCUCUCCAAGAAGAUGUCUGGCUUCAAGGUGUACUCCCUUGGCGAGGAAAACACAACCAACAACUCAACAAGCCAGUCGCGGGCUGUCAUUGCUGCAGCGGCCCGACGGAGGGACAACAGCCACAACGAGUAUUACUACGAGGAGGCUGAGCAUGAGCGCAGGGUGCGCAAGAGACGCGCAAGGCUGGUGGUAGCUGUGGAAGAAGCCUUCACUCAUAUCAAACGGCUCCAGGAGGAGGACCAGAAAAACCCGCGGGAGAUCAUGGACCCGCGAGAGGCGGCGCAGGCCAUCUUUGCCUCCAUGGCCCGGGCCAUGCAGAAGUACCUGAGGACCACGAAGCAGCAGCCGUACCACACGAUGGAGAGCAUCCUGCAGCACCUGGAGUUCUGCAUCACACACGACAUGACGCCUAAGGCCUUCCUCGAGCGAUACCUGACGGCUGGGCCCACCAUCCAGUACCAUAAGGACCGCUGGCUGGCUAAGCAGUGGACUCUCGUCAGCGAGGAGCCAGUGACCAACGGCUUGAAGGACGGCGUGGUCUUUGUCCUGAAGCGCCAGGACUUCAGUCUGGUGGUGAGCACGAAAAAGAUCCCCUUCUUCAAGCUCUCGGAGGAGUUUGUGGACCCCAAGUCGCACAAGUUUGUGAUGCGGCUUCAGUCAGAGACCUCCGUGUGAACUGAAUCUGGGGUUUAGGGGCUUGGAUGCCAGAGGAGCGAUUUGCGACGGGGAGCAGCCCUGGUGCACAACACCUGCUUCAUAGGAAUUUAGAGGAGAUUUCCAAGUUCGGGGUUUGGAAAGAGGUAUUUCCACCAAGUUUUCCUUCCUGGAGUUGGGAGUUUGCACCUACAACCUUACAUCUUCUGAUGCCGCCAUCGAUGGACUUUUCUUCACAAUGCCAGUGGAGGGGUGGGGUGGGUGGAUGUGCACCCUUUUUCUCGUACCUCCUUUUUCAUAUUUUUUUGGUAGCAAAACUCCGAGGAGCCCAGAAGGUGUGCAAGUGGAAAGAAUGGUAUCUUCCCCACCCUCCCCCGACCCCUGGCCUGGUCCCGAGUGAAGUGAUUGAAAUUUAUGGUGCCAAAUUUUAAGGGCUAAUUCCGUUCACUGUCUUCACCAGCAUCGCCAAACACGGUUGUGGGUCUGAGGAACCUUCUUGAAUGUUUGUUUGGUUUUUUUUUUUAAAAAAAAAAGAACACAAACCGACUCUAACCUCACAGUUCUGGCCUUGGAAAUAUCACCUGAUGCUGUUGUAGUGGUUGCCGUCCAUCUUCUCUCGUUCUCUGUGCUUGCACAAGACUUUUGCGGAGUCCCACAAAAGCAAAUGCCUGUGGAUGGUAGGCUUGUAUGGCUGCUAUUUUUUGUAAUCUUCCAUCAUUCCGUGGCACAUGCAAAAAAACCCGCCAAACCCCAACCCAGCCAGCUAUCCCGAAUUUUUGCAAGUCCGAUCUAAAAUCAUCCUGUUACAACUUCCUCUGGGGUCUUUCUCUGACUCAAGUUUUUAAACACACAAAGACACAUUUUGGGGGGAGAUGGGGUGAGGUUUUUAAAAUGGUGACUUUUUUUUUUAAGAUGCUGUUCUCUUUUAAAGGACAUCCUGUGUGUUGUAAAUAGUUGACUUCUCUAGGGUGACCCAAACUGUCUCCUGGCUGGGUCUUGUCUCCUUGACUCUUCCCUGUGGUUUUGACUCUUGGUUUGACUUGAAAGAAGGCUGUUACAUUCUGUAGGACUUGGGUAUAAGCUUAUAAACUGACCCCCCCCCCUUUCUGGAGUGUGAGAGGCUGCUUCUUUUGCAGAAGCCCCUUUGAAAUGAACGGCAGCCCCCACGAGCGGGUGGGGGGGCGUUCCUGUUCAUUUUGACAAGGCUUCUGCAGGGAAACUGCCCAGUGGAUCCUGCCCUCUUUGAAAACCACAGCAAAAUGUCGUGAAAUUCAGAGUUCUGGAGCAACCUUGCUCCCUCCACAUUGGGGUUUUCCCCCCAGAUCCUCACUAUUACGUUUUUUAAAAUUUUUUAUUUUAAAAAAGCAGGUUCUCCCCUUAAAAUAGCUGCACUGAAGAAAAUUAUCCAGUGAGAGAAAUGGGCAAUUUGCAGCUUUGCUCUUCAAGCAGGCCUGCUUUCUGUCUGUGUUGUGGGGUGGUUUGCCUCCAUUCCACCUUGAACAGCUUUGGUGGAGAGACAGAACAUCUGGGUGAAGCUGCUGUCUUAUCAUCCCAGAAAGGAGCCCCCUCCUCCCCUGUUAGUUUCCCCAGGCAACCAUCCACCCUGCCUUGAGCUUUCAUGCAGCUCCGCCAGCCGCCUCAAUGCCUUUUGGGAAAUCCAAGAACAAAGAUGUUGAUUGGCUGCCCCCGCCGCCAGAGCCUGAUGAGGUCACAGUGGGCCGUAACUCCCAUCGUCCUCUUUGUGCAUUAAAUGUUUAUUGUUCUGUCUGGCUAUUUCUUCUGGAAGAAAUUCCUCCCCCCUCCCACCUUUGCUACAAGGAAUAUACCUCAGGAGUUUUUCUGCCGAGGUUCUUUCCAUAGCUGCGCUGCAGUUUCAACUUACCUAGGGUUGUUUUUUAAAAAAUAAAAUUAAUUAUUAAAAGUAGGUGUCGGGUUGCUCUCAAACUAAUUGCAGUGUGAGAGGUGCUCAAGCCUUCUCUUUGUGGGUGGCUCUUCUUGAGGGGGUUUGGUAAGGAUGUUGGGGUGAGAAAUCUCAAAUGGCAUCUUUGGCCAGGCUCCUCCACUCCAGCCAUUUUAGACUACAACUCCCAUCAGCCUCAGCCCAUGCAGUUACGCUAGUUGUGGAUGAUGGGCUUUGUAGUCCAAAACAACUGGAGGGCCACAGCCUGGCUAGGGCUGUCAGAUUGUAUCACUGUGAUGUUUAAAUUUUAUUUCACUGUGAUUUUUUUUAAAUGUUUCAUUUUUAUAUAUAUAUAUAUUUUGAGCACGAUCCAGCCAGAAGGUGAAGCACUUUCUCAAUUAAUUCCCUUUGAUUACAGCAUCUCUCCUGUUGAAACCAAUGUGCAACGCUAUGGCUGGAUUCUGCCUUUUUAAAUUUUAAUUAUUAAAGGAGGACUUUGAAA